AUGUAUCAGCGAUCCCUUCUGUUUUUACUUUUUAGCAAACCCAUCACGCAGGGGUACGUGGCGCAGCUUCCGCAACCUGCUCCAACACGUCGCUGCACUUCGUGGCGCCGAGCUUUUGAGAACAACGAUGAGGUGCGAAAGAAGUACACCCCAGAUGCGGAGCGCUAUGAGGAGUGGUACAAAGCAACUUACGGCCUUGAGUCUCUCAGUGAUGGAUGUGCGGCGUCUGGGGCGACGUCGAACAGGCGUCUAGAUGAUACUCAAAAUAUGGAAUCUGUGCCUUCUCUGGAUGAUUUUUGCGCUGUGGAGGAAGAGGUGGAGUUUUGCUCUCGGCAAUUUAACCACAAUACUUUGGUGCGUUGA